AUGGAGAAUAUCCUCUGUUUUCUGAACAGUUACACUGAGUCAGGGCUCAGCCCUGGCUUGGCACAUUGCUUGGAUAUUGACCCCAACUUCAUCUGCUUGAGUGGGUUGGGGUUGUUUAUGCUGUACUUGUUCUACGUGCUAUUGACCCUGUAUUUGUCACCCCCAAGGAAAAAUAAUGACAUCCAAAUGCGUCAGGGCAGAGCCAGGAGGAGAAAGAAAGGUAGGACAUUUAAAGGUUUCCCAGACUGGAUAACCUUCCAGAAAGAAGCAGAAGAGGAAAGGAAGCUGGUUUCUUUUCUGAAAAGCUUCAGACCUCCUGCUUCCUGCAGUCCCCUGGGCCAGCAUCAUGAUACCACCCGCUUUCGUCGACUGUUAUGCCCAGACCCCCUCUGUAUGGUGUGUAACAGAACAACUGCUGAGGUCCGGCGACUGCUGUGUUGGGAGUCCCUGAAAGAACCUGCUCCCUCUGUGUCCUCUUUGGCUUCUGCAGCUUCUGCGACUGAGUCAUCGUUCACUCUGGCUUCUGCCGCCUCAGCAACCCCUCCAGAAGACCUAAUAGUGUCCCCUUGUCCUGACCCUUCUCCACCACCCUCCUUAAUUCUCUCACCUGACCUGAUCACCCCUUUAGCUGACUUAUUUUCACCCUCACCACUGAGGGACCCUCUGCCACCAAAGCCUGUUUCUCCCCUGGAUUCCAAGUUCCCUAUAGACCAUUCCCCACCGCAACAGCUUCCCUUUCCCCUUCUCCCACCACAUCACAUUCAGAGAGCAGAGCCCAAUCUCCAACCGGAGGCCAGUUUGUCUCUGAACACCAUCUUUUUAUUUGACUCUACUCUAUCCCAAGAUAUGAACUCUUUGCCAAAUAUUUCCCAUGCCAUGAAUCCCUGUGAUUCAUGUACUUUUCAUUACAAACCACCAAACUCUUUUGCUUUACGAAUGCAAGAUUGCACUGUGUCUCAGUCUAAAUCAAGUCUCAUCAUAUUGAAGCCUCUGGAAAAAGAGACUUUAUCUGUAGGUGGCUCUGGUGGGUCAACCACCGCUGCCCCUACAAUUGGAGACAUUGACCAUUCAUGCCCUGCAUCUGCAGAAUUCUCCUGGUGGCAGCCUCAUGCCAAGGACUCUUUUUCUUCCAAUUUUGUACCAUCUGAUUUCAUGCAAGAGCUCCUUAGCCUUCAUUCUUCUGAGACCUCUUUAGGAGGGUACUCUGUGGUCAACCUCAUAGUGCCUGUUAAGCUCUCAUUUGUCAGCCAUGACAUCGUGGCACUCCUGGAGAGACAAGUCAAAAAAAGGGGCGAUUUCCUGAUGUGUAAAGAAAAUGGAGAGAAACCAGGAACUUUCCCAAAACAUCUUAGGCCAAACUACCAGCUAAAUUCUUCAGGGAAAAUGUUAGCUUCAACUUCUGAUAAGCAUGGCUUGACAACCUCCCUUCCGUUUUCGGCCAGUAAUAGGAAAGUAGAGGGGCUGUACAUCCAUCAGCAGCCCCCAUAUUCUAAGUGCUUUGAGGACCAUUUAGAGCAAAAAUAUGUUCGGCUCUUCUGGGGUCUCCCAUCUCUGCACAGCGAGUCUCUGAAUCCUACUGUUCUUCUCCAUCGUGGCCGUUCGUCCAUGUUUGUAUUCUUCAAUGAAAUUGCAAGUAUGUCUACAUUCCAGGAACCCCCAGUACUGCCCCAUCCCCAACCUCUGUCCUUGCCUAUUACCCAGCCUCUACCCUUGCCUCAAACCCUGCCGCAAGGUCAGUCCCUAGCUCAGCAUCCAUCUCUACCCACAGCCCAACUACCUAGUCCUCUAUUCCAGAUUGGGAUCUGUGGAGUGUGUUUUCAUAAAUCUCAGAAUGAGGGACAGUCUCUUACGCCAUCUGAAAUUAACCAUCUGGAGUGGAAUGUGUUGCAGAAAGAUCAGGAAAGUGUGUGGGGUUUACCCUCAGUGGUUAAAAAAUCCCAGGAAGACUUUUGUUCUCCAGUUCCUAGUCUUGCAUUGGUCAAGUCCUUUAAGGCUUGUGAUCCCAUCUCCAUCAGUACUGGAGAUUUUCCACUUAGUACUGAACUUAGGAAGAAACUGGAGCACCACCUUCUAAAGAGGCUCAUCCAGCACAGAUGGGGUCUGCCCCGCCGAGUCCAUGAGUCUCUGUCAUUGCUACGUCCUCAGAGCCCUGUUUUAGAGAUAUCUGAGUCAGAAAACAGUGAGGGACCCUUACAUAGCUCUUUGGUUGAGGGUCAGAGCCACAAUGAUCUCAAGAAUUUUAAAUCAAGGAAACCUAGAAGCUUCCACAAGAGAAGCUCAAAUAUGCUUUCCCUGGAGAAUGUUGGGAAGUUUCAGGGGUACAGCCAGGAGAAUGGCCCAAAAGGUCAUCUGUUGCAUGAACCAGAGACAUCUUCAGAAGAGGAUCUGAGUUCUAAUUCUGAGAGCGACCUAGAAGGUCAUAUGAUGCAUCUGCCAGGGAAUGAUUUAGGGGUGAGCCUAGGUCAGAAACAACUUGCAAAUGCCCUGACAGUACAUUUGAGCAAGAAAUUUGAGGAAAUCAAUGAGGGUCGAGUGCCUGGGAAUGUGUGUAGUUCAUGGCAUUCAAUCAAGCAGACAAUGUCUCUUCCUGAAAAAUCCCAUAGCCAACUAAACCACCAAAAUUUGGCGGCAUUGGUGGGCGAGGACCACUGUGUUGAUACUUCCCAGGAGAUGUCCUUCCUUGGUUCCAACAAACAAAAGAUGUUGGAAGCCCAUAUUAAGUAUUUCCAUAUGAGGAUGCUGUGGGGUCUUCCCAGCAAGGUCCUUGAAUCCAUAGAAAUCUGUAAAUCGAAAGAGGACCUUUCCAGCUCCUUUUCCAAUUUUGACCUUCCCUCCUCAACCACAUUCAUUUCUCAGCGAGAUUCCAAAGAUGGGGCCUGCAAGUCUCUUAGAUGCAGUACUUUUCAAGGAGAAAAGUUGGGAACAAGCUCAGUCCUUGUCCUGGAUCGUCCUGACCCUGUCACCUCAUCUGUGGGCAAAGAAAGACAGGGGACCCUGAGAAGACAGUUUUCUUAUACUGAGAAUGACCUUACAGAGAUGGAUUCCAAUGAUGGGGACUCCAAGCUCCUUGGAAGAAACACUACAGAUUUUCACGCAGAAAAGAUAGAAACCACCAGCUUAUUUUCCAUCCUGAAUCAUCCACACCUCAUCCCCUCACCUGAUGACAAGGAAAGGCAUGGGACCCUGAGAAGAGAAUUCUCUGAUCCUGAUCAUGAGCUUACAGAAAGUAUCCAGACAACUAAUGAUGGCAGACAGAGUUUUCUGCCCCGCACACACAGCAUCAUAGACGAAGUCAGUCAGAAACAGACUGGACUAGCGAGUAGCAGCUACCCAGAGCUGCCCAUAAUGCAACCUGAGGUUGGCAGUGAGUCAAUGGAUAAAAAAGUGAGUUUCAGUAAUAACAUGGAAAGGCUUCAGGGCAGUAGAAAGACCUUUCCUGUCACCAGUGGGUCUAAGGAAAUGUUCAAGGAAGAGAAGCUUAAACAUCAGAUGCUGAGUGAGUUAAAGUUGGCCCAUGGGGAGCAUAGCCCAGCUCAGACCCAUUUCGCUGACAUGCCCCUUGCCUUAGAUAACUUGACUUCCAAGGGCUUACUGACUCAUGUCCAGGGCAUCUCCAAUGGGAACAUGGCAAUUUCCCAGGUGCUGAAUGUCCACGUGGAGGACAGAGGGAUCCGUGUGGAACAGCAGCAGGAGCCCUUGGUCUCUAAGCAUGUCUUACAGAAUUGCCAAGUUAAGAAUUUUCCACCAGCUACAAAGAGAGUGAGCCCUCCGAGACCCAAAGGACGAGAGCUUGGUGGAGGGAAUGUAGGGUUGGGGACUUCCCAACCCAGGAGAAAGAGCUAUCCUGUUCAAAAGAAGACAUCAGGGGAGGUGCUUGGGAGAAAAUCUUCCCCAACCUUGAUAACACAGCCUCCUCCUGAAAACCUUUUCAGAAAAUGGUUGAAGACCUUUUUUCAGAGGUUUAAGAAACUAAGCAUAACAUGUGAGGAACAAGAAAGUUUCCAGGCAAAGGGUAGCUCCCUGUCAUCAUCUGUACAGAAUAGAGGUCGAGUUAAGAGUAGAGCUGCCUUUACUGGAACUGCUGAAGCUCAGAAAAUUAAGACUGACAUUGUAAAGUUCCUAAAGGAGAAGCUAGGGCAUAGGGAUGGGAUAGAUAUCACCUGUCCCCAAGAGCCCCUUUCCUCCCCAGUAGAGCUUGGGAAAGCUCAGCAUGAUCCAGAACUGCAGGUCAGAGCAGAGCCUGUCCAGGGCUAUCCCUGCAGCUACACGGCUCCCUCCUGCAAAGUGACAUCUAGCGAAUCUUGCAGCCAACAAGCUAUCUUAGUUGGCCAGAAUCAUCCGACAAAGAUUAGGCAGAUCAUAGACAAGAACAGACAGCCCCAGGAAGUUGAGGCAUUUAAGGGCAAGAUAUUGUAUCAAAGGCAUCCCCAAUCCAUGCCCCACAGGACGCCUGUGCCCCAACCAAAUCCCACUUGCCAGUGUCAGGUUGACCCAGUGCCUCCAGCCGUCCCUACCACUGCUAAAAGCACUGUGUUCAGUGAUUUGUCAUUAUUAAUUACACGGAAAAUUCUUCCGAAGCAUUUCCAUGAAGGAAAAUUCCCCCCCACAAAAUAAUUCACUCCCUGUGGAGAUUAUUGGUUCUCCCCAAUAAAUGUUCUAAUAAGAA